UCAAAAUAAAUGUUUUCCCUGCAAACAGACGGUUGUGCUACAAUCAGAGGAAUAUUAUUAUCUUAAGAAGCAAGAUAUCAUGAUGACGUGUUCGGGCACUGUGGUUCUUUUAAUGUGUAUCAUCUUCAUCUCUUUGCCACCGUCCCUAGCUGACAGAAAAUUGUGCACAAAGAGGGUUGAGGGAGUGACUACGAAAGUGCCGCAGACCAGACGCAUUCCUGCAAAAUGUUCGAACUGGGACCGAGCCUGGACAUGGGUCACCCACUCAGACUGUGGUACCAAAUAUGAGAUCACCUACAUUGAGUUACCCCAGCACCAGCAGUACAGACUGGUGUAUGAGUGCUGCCCUGGGGAGAAGGACUGCAAGCCUGAAGGACAAGCUGAGGAUGAAUCUGAUGAGAGAUUCCUUGCUAUCACGUUCGGAUGUGCCUCUGCUGCUUUCAUCAUUCUUAUCAUCAUCAUCGUCAUCAGUGUGUGCAGGAAGAGACAUUCAGGAUUCAUCUUUUGUCCAUACAAGAAGGAGUAUGAAAAUGCUGACGAAUCCCCUGUUGAUUUAGGUUGCCGUGUUGAACGCUCUGGACCAAAUGACUACAUCAUUGGGGAUUUAGGGGAAGAUCGUAAACUUGUGAUUGAGUCUGAAUAUGAGGAGAUUUGUGACAUAAACCCAGCAGCAAAAGAGGCAGACUGGGACAAUGUGUAUCAAAAAAGUCCCUCUGCUCCCCCACAGGAAUUGAUGGAUGAGGGUCAAGAACCAGCACAGUCUUUGACCAAUGACCAUGCAGAAGACAAUAGAGAACCAGAAAAUGUUGGAAUGGCAUGUAGUUUAGUUGAAACUGAUCAAACAGCUCAGAAAACUUUAGUAGACAUUGAAGAGAACAACCAGCCUGGAAACGUGUGUGAUUCUAACACCAAAAGUGUAAAUAUUUCUGGAGCUGGAUCAAAAGAUAUUUUGUGUGAAGACUUAAAUCAUGAUGUGCUUGACAUUAAACUUCCUACUGAAAGCCAUUCUUCUAUAGCAUUGCUUCAGCCUGUAAAGGCAGAGGACCAAAGUCAAAGCAAGGAUUGUGAGAAUUCAAUGAAAGACACAGAUUGUGCUCAAAUUCCCACUGAAAGCCUGGAUUUAGUGACUGCAACUUCCUCAGAAAAUGGUCUUUCUAAAAAGGAAACUGUUAAGUCUUUUGAAGAUGCUUCUGAAAGAUCAAAUGAAGAAAAAAAUUCUUGUGAUUACAAUGGCAUGUAUGAAGAAUUAAAAUGAAAGUAUUUUUUUUAAUUAUCUAGAAAUCAGCUGAAGCAUUUUGUAGCAAUGACCCAAGGCAUUAAAGUAUUUAACUCCAUACCUUAAUUUAUAGACAACAUAAUAUUUCCAUUUAAAAAUGGACUAUUCAUGACAGAAGUUUUGCAUAUACAUAUGUACAUGUAAUAUUUCAUUUAUAAAUAAAUGCUUCAUUUUAAAACAUUGCUCUUUUGUUUAUACCUGAGUAACUAUAAUAAUUAAUAAA